AUGGAUAUAAAUGAUAAUUUCACAUCUGAACAUGAGAUAUAUUUAUAUUGUCGUUCAAUAGUAUCUUGUGGGGAAUGUCAACUUUCAAAAUAUUGCAGACCAUGUAAACAAAUAGAUAAUCCAGACUUUUUUUGUACUUCUAAAUUGGAUUACUCGUCAUCAUGUACAAACCAUAAUUUCUUAAAUAUAUGUGCUUCAGCAUGGCCCUGGUGGAGUAUAUUAUGCAUUAUUUCGAUUUGUUUAAUCAUAUUUGGAAUUAUAACUUAUUUGUUAUAUAGAUGCUGUACAUGCUUCUUUUCUCAACUAACUGAAAUUGAACUACAGGAAUUAAGAUCUAAGAAUGUCUCACAUUCAAAUUCUGACAAAAUUUAA